AUGGACGUGAGUGACUUCUCGGAAGCUAUGCUUGUAUCCUACCCCGCUAACAUUGCACAUCAGGGCUUUUAUCCGUACUCAUACGGCAGCUUUGCCUGGCUGACUCUCCAGGGCACUGCUCUUCUGGUUACUCCGAAACUGAUAUUAGCGACUCUGCUUGACGAGACCCGACAACCUACGUCGCUGGAAAUAUAUUUCGCCAGAACCUGCGGUAUAAGCCAAGUGGCACUGGCCCUGAUAUUUUUGAUUCUCACAGGAGCGCUGCCGCUCGCCUCAUCCUACGCGAUUACAUCCGAUGAAUCUGACCCCAAGAAGGAAUACGCAUAUCCGGUGCUCUUGAUCACAUCCGGAUUCCACGCAGCGGUAGCUAGCUAUGCAUAUUCCUGGUAUUCUGGAACGGGACAGACUGGCUUCGCGGCUGGGAUGGUGGUCUCAGGGUCUUUGGCUGCCAUGGGGCUCUGGUGCAUGAUGUUUGCCGGGUCAGGGAGGAUCAGUAAGAGAACAGGCGCAGACAAGAGGACAUCUGGAUUUCCAUUCAAGAAUCUAGAGGCAGACAAGAGGAAGAAGAGGUGA